ACCAACAGUCUCCCGAAACUCAGGGGAGAGGACCCUCCAGCUGGGGCUGCCUAUGGUACCACUCCUGCUCCAAAGAUACAACUCCACUCAGCAUUCUCAGGCCUCUGCACCCCAGGAUGGAGCCACUGCUAGGAGUGAAACUCGGCUGCCUGUUUGCCCUGCUGGCUCUCACUCUGGGCUGUGGCCUCAUCCCCAUCUGCUUCAAAUGCUUCCGGCUGGAUGCAACCACAGGUGGUCGCCGCCGGGUUCUCAGCCUCUUGGGCUGUACUUCUGCCGGGGUCUUCCUGGGAGCGGGGUUGAUGCACAUGACUGCUGAAGCCCUGGAGGGAAUUGAGUCAGGGAUCCAGAAGCUCGUGGGGCAG